UCUCUCUCCGACGGAAAGCAAAGGGUUUUCUUCGCCCUUUUCACUCAUCUCAUCCCAAAUCUCCACUAAAAUCAUGUCUGGAACACCUACACAGUCUCGACGUCCUUUAUCUCGAGGUACUAGUAGUUCUUCAGCGCCUUUUGUAUCUCGGGAAUCACCAUCCGCACCUUCUCAGGAUGGACAGCCAUUGUCGACUGACAUGGACAUUGACGAGUUGAUCCGGCAACCUGGCCGAGAAACUCUUCCACGUCUCAAUCCUAAUUAUAAAACCAUUCCAAACACCACUUGGUUUGGAUUAUCAGAGAGUGGUGUCAGCAAAAGUCUUCUGAGAAUUGUUUACUCUGGUUUGCUACCGAAAGGUUGGCCGACAUAUGCAGAGAUUCCUCCACGCUACCGCAACCUCUGGUUUCGGCAAUUUGCGCAAGAGUACAAUUGGGAUUCAGGAUUGACUGGGAGAGUGAAGAUCUCAUUUGAUCGAUACGCUACUAGAUACUACAGCGGUCGAAUCAGUGAGUGGAAAAAAGUGUGGGAGGCUGGGAAAACCCUAAGAACGUCAGCCUGACUGUUUUGGAGGAGUUGAUAGUUCAUUGGGGGAAACCAGAAACAAAGGCCCAGUCAGAAACCAACUCGAAGAACAAGCG